GUCGUGCCGUCCAGGAGUAGCAAACACCACAGGACGCUCAUAAUCUCGCAUAAUAUUUGCGUGUCACUUUCACUGAUGUGUUUGAAGUUCUCCCGCUAAUCCUACUCAGUCAUCUUUUGGUCACAGCGCUUAGUCUAAUCGUACCAGCAUCUAUUGUGCUGAACAGCCCUCAACAACAUGAUUCAAAUACACGUGCAGCCAUCACCCGGCCCCCGAACCUCUUCUCCUCUCGGCUGAACUCCGUCCACGGUCCACAUAUCCCUACCCAGUCUUCUCCUACCACUCAAUCUACCCACCACUAAGCCCAUCCUCGAUCCUCAUCCUUUGGCUUCAUAGUACCAUCAUGCCCGGCAGCGCAGAAAGCCAAUCUAUCAGACUUGAAUUUAUCAGUGGACAGAAUCUUCGAGUCCCUUCCUGGCGCAUACCCGCAGGCAUUUACAUAGUAUCUAUCAAUGUCGACUCGGGGAGACACUGGAAAUCAGCCAUCAGAGUCUUAUCAUCCAACAACUCUGUAGUAUGGGGAGAUACCGUGACUCUAUCAUCUCACGAGUCACCUGCACUAUCAGUGGAGAUCAGAGCGUCUUACGAGGUCAACCAAAUGCUUGGCAAUGGCGAAGUCAUUGGGACACUUCAAACAUCGUUGGAUGAGCUGCUCGAUCAUGGAGAUGAGACAUUCGAAUUGUCCUUCCCACUUGUUCAUGGUGUCAAUCCUUCGCUCACGCUGAAGGCCGCUGUUGUACACGCUUGCGAUAACCAGGACGGCGCACUAUUUGACUCCCUCGUAGGCUGCGAGAUUGCUCAGGAAACAGAUGCGGGCCACGCACAAUAUGCCGAGUACAGCACCAGCAAGACGGUCUCUCACCUGAACGGUGCUGUAGAGCGUUUUCAGUUGGUUCUGGACCGCUGUCCGGUCGACCAUCCUGACCACGCAGCAGCUCUCACCAACCUCGCGUGGGCCCGCCUUCACGGCUACAUUCGAAACGAUCUCCAAGACAUUGAUACCACCACUUCCCUCUUCCACGAAGCCCUUGCAUUGCGUCCGCAGGGCCAUCCCAACCACACAUUAUCUCUCUUACAUCUCAUUCUCGCAUUGAACUGGCGCUACAGCAAGGAGCGCACCCCCGUCUUCAUUCACAAAUCCGUGCAAUUGUGCUGCAAGUUACUGCCCCUCUGUCUAGAGGGCACCUACCUUCGUAGCAUCGGCGUAGACAGUGCGGUCGAUUAUGUGAUUACCGAAUGCAACAAACUUCCGAUUGAUGCAUCUGGCGAAGGCAUCCACCUUCGACGAGUCGUGCUCGAGCUCUGUCCUCUGGGCCAGAAAUACCGUCCAAGCGCACUUGACAAACUUUCAUGGGCUCUCGGAACACGCUCUAAACAGCGCGGCAGCAUUGAUGAUAUAGAUGAGAGCAUACAACUUCUUCGUGAAGCCGUUUCUCUGUGCCCCGAGGGACAUUCUGACCGCGGUGGUUACCUGAAUAACUUGGCCCUCUCACUCCAAUCCCGCUUUAAUCACCAAGGCAAAUCUCAUGACCUCGACGAGGCCAUCUCCAUGCACGAAGAAGCGCUGCGCCUGCGCCCUGUUGAGCACAAAAACCUUGAUUUCUCAUUGGGCAACCUAGGGAGCGCCCUCCGCACCCGUUUCAACAAACGCGGUGACGUUGAUGACACCAACCGAGCUGUCAGCCUCUUUCGCGAGGCACUGAUGUUGCGCCCACCUGGGCAUCCACGUCGUGACACCAUGCUUAACAACCUUGCCCUCACGCUUAAAGAGAGAUAUGACACAUUGCAUGUCAUUGAGGAUCUUAACGAGGCCAUUGAUCUAUAUCGUGAAUCCCUUCGGGUAAGGCCGCUUGACCAUCCAGAGCGCCAUCUAGUUCUUUCCAAUUUGAGCUCAGCGCUCUGGUCUCGUUUCACGCAAGCUGGGAAGAAUGAAGAUAUCGAGGAGGCCAUUCGGCUCUGCCAAGAAUCAUUGGAGGCCUUACAUUCACUACACCCGGACAGGUAUUUCAGCUACAUACACCUGAAGGAUGCCUAUGUGUCUCGUUAUGAGAUGGAGCACAACAUCGCUGAUUUGUCGCUCGCUGUGGAGAACUUCAGACUGGCGUCGAGACAUCCUACUCAGGGCUUUCCAAAUCGUAUUGCAACAGCCCGGAAAUGGGUCACCACAGCAGAGCAGCACAGUCAUACAUCUGCGCUGGAGGCCUACAAGACGUGUUUUGACCUUCUUAGCAGUCAUUUGUCAACACGAUCAUCAUCAAUUUCACGGCGUGAAGCUGCCACUGCCUUCAACAAUACCAGAUCACUGCCUGUAGAUGCAGCAUCGUGUGCCAUCCGUCAUGACAAUCUACGACGUGCAGUUGAACUCGUGGAGCAGGGUCGUGGGCAACAGUGGUCAUUGGCCUCUCGCCUGAGGAGUCCGCUUGAAGACCUCGAGUCCACGAAUCCAAUCCUAGCUCACAAGUUCUCGGAGCUCAGCAAUUGUCUCUCUGAUGCUCAAGGUUCCACAGGCAGCACAGACAGAGCCGCUGCUGAUCGGGCAGCAAGUGAGUAUAGGAGACUUACAAGGCAAUGGGAAGCUGUGGUAGCUGAGAUACGUAAUCUUAAAACUUUCUCGCGAUUCCUGCUCCCGCCAUCGUACACAGAGUUGCAAGCAGCAGCUCGCUAUGGACCAAUCAUCAUCCUCAUCGCGAGCCAACACUCGUGCAGCGCCAUCAUUGUCCCGACGUCAGGAGAGCCCCAUAAUGUUCCCUUUCCAUCUAUCACUCUCGCAGAUCUCGAGGAUCUCAAGGAUCGGUUCGCCAGGGUGAUACCGCAUGCAUCAAAGAUGGACCUAAAACAGCCGCGCAAUGAUCUGAUUGUCCUCUUGCGGGCGGUAUGGGACGGUAUCAUGCUACCCGUCGUCAACAUACUCGAGCAUACCCUCAACUUAAAGCACCAGUCUCGAAUCUGGCUGUGUCCAACUGCGGCCUUCACAUCCAUUCCUCUCCACGCAGCUCACCCAUUUCGAACGAAGGCAGAUCACUCGAAGGAGCCAUGCCUAGAGGAUCUCUACAUCUGUUCUUAUACGCCGACACUUUCGGCGCUGAUUAGGUCUAGACAGAUGAUGAAGAAGCAUGUGCCUCCAUCCUUCGUGGCGAUCGGACAGGGUCAACCGGGUGGAGGGAAUGGCAAGGCGCUCUUGGCUGUCGACGGUGAGCUCGAGCUUGUCCAUAAGCUUGUCCCCACGACGGCCAAUCGUUUCACUGUUUCUGGCGACGCAGCCACACGGGCAGGUACACUCGAAGCCCUGGAACAGAACACUUGGGUGCACCUCGCAUGUCACGGCAAGCAGGACCACAACCAGCCUUAUAAUUCUCAUUUUGUCAUGAAGGACGCACCUCUCACGCUGCUCGACAUCAUGGAGAAAGAUAUUCCGCACGCUGAGUUCGCGUUCUUGUCGGCGUGUCAUACCGCCGUCGGCGAUAAGGAGACGCCCGACGAAGUCAUCCAUCUUGCAGCUGGACUUCAGUUUUCGGGGUUCAAGAGCGUCGUUGGCACGCUAUGGGAGGUCGAUGACGCUGUCGCAAAACACGUUGUUGAAGCUUUCUACGAGAACAUGGUCAACCAUGUAGAGGAUGGCGGGUUCAUGGACUGUACGAGGGCGGCCUGGGCACUCAACCGUGCUACUCACGCUGUGAAGACGAAAGUGCCGCUCGAGCAGAGGAUGGUUUUCAUACAUAUUGGUGUGUAG